GAGAGCAGCCAAAACCCUAGAAUCAAAACCUCUCUCGUGCUCGUCGACUGGAGAUCUGCCACAUUUUUCUAGCAAUGGCAGUCACACUCUCCAGCCUCAGCUCAGAUGCCGGCAUUCAGAAACUUAAUGACUAUCUUCUCACUCGCAGUUACAUUACUGGAUACCAAGCUUCGAAGGAUGAUAUUACUGUCUAUGCAGCGUUUCCAAAAGCACCAUCAUCAAACUAUGUUAAUGUGUGCCGGUGGUAUAACCACAUCAAUGCGCUUCUAAGGAUUUCUGGUGUGUCUGGAGAAGGUGUGGGUGUCACAAUAGAGGGAUCUGUUCUUGCAUGUGAGGAGGCCCCUGUUUCUCCUCCCGUGUCUGACACUAAGCCCCCUGCAGAGGAUGACGACGAUGACGACGAUGACGACGUGGAUUUGUUUGGUGAAGAGACAGAGGAGGAAAAGAAAGCAGCUGAAGAACGUGCAGCAGCUGUCAAGGCUUCUGGAAAGAAGAAAGAAUCUGGAAAGUCAUCAGUAUUGUUGGAUGUGAAACCUUGGGACGAUGAGACAGACAUGCAAAAGCUUGAAGAGUCAGUGAGAAGUGUUCAAAUGGAGGGCUUGUUUUGGGGAGCUUCCAAGCUUGUACCAGUUGGCUAUGGUAUUAAAAAGUUGCAGAUUAUGAUGACCAUCGUGGAUGACUUGGUAUCUGUUGAUAACCUCAUCGAGGAUCAUCUUACUUCUGAACCAGCAAAUGAGUACAUUCAGAGCUGUGAUAUUGUGGCCUUCAACAAGAUCUAGGUGCGGAUGUGUUAACAAUUGGUGGAAAAUGAGGCUGCUGCCAGACGGUUUAGGUGAUUAUCUGCCGGGAGUUUGUGUGCCUUAAAUGGUGUUCUGUUUUUCUUAAUCUAUUUUUAAGGAACUCAUAUGGGGAAAGUUAGGACUCCAUUUAUAUUGAGAAUGUUUCAAGUUUAUGCUACAUAUUUAAAUUGAGUUUUGAAGAGGUUUAUCUUUUU